GUGCACAAGAUUGAUUUGACUAACCCAGGCCUCUCCAGACAUGAUGAGACAAGCAAGCACAUGGAGAGACAGAUUAACACUUGCUUUAUUCUACUGAUAUGAAACUGUGUUGUGAAUAUGGCAUCUGCUGGAAACUGAACACUGUGAUAUCCUGUGGUAUCGAUUUCUCUUUCUGGGGAUCAACACGAAAUAAUCAGCUGAUAGGAAAAGUAUUGUUGAGGACCUGAUUUGCCAUGGCUGAGCAGCAGAGGCAGCGCACUCUCUCCACCUCUGGAGAAUCACUCUAUCAUGUGCUCGGUGUCGACAAACUGGCCACUGUCGAUGACAUCAAGAAGUCAUACAGGAAAUUGGCAUUGAAAUAUCACCCUGACAAGAAUCCUGACAACCCUGAGGCAGUUGAUAAGUUUAAAGAGAUAAACAAUGCCCAUGCCAUUCUUAACGACCCAACAAAGAGAAACAUCUAUGACAAGUAUGGCUCUCUGGGACUGUAUGUGGCUGAACAGUUUGGUGAAGAGAAUGUCAACACUUACUUUGUCCUGUCCAGCUGGUGGGCCAAGGCUCUGUUUAUUUUCUGUGGCCUGGCUACAGGCUGCUACUUCUGCUGUUGCCUGUGCUGUUGUUGUAACUGCUGCUGUGGGAAGUGUAAACCGCGGCCACCUGAGGGACAGGAACAGGAAUUCUAUGUCUCCCCUGAAGACUUAGAGGCCCAACUGCAGUCUGAUGAGAGAGAGGGAGGUGGAGGUGAGCCCAUCGUGAUGCAGCCCACGUCUGCCACAGAAACCACCCAGCUAACUUCUGACGGUUACCAGACUACUUACCACACUGACACCGGCUUCAAUUAAAUGCCCCACUCUCUUCACCUCCACCCUGGGGAUUGUCUCUCACCACUCUGCGUCAUCUCUCCAAGAGGAAAAAAAAAUUAAUGGAAAGAAUCCUUCAACUACAA